AUGUAUAAUGAUCUGAUGUUAUUCUAUUCUUUAUUUUUCUUAUCUAUAAUAAUAAGAAUUAUAUUUGGACAACAAACAAUAAUUUAUGUAAAACGUGGUGAUGUAGCUGAAUUAUGUGACAAUCGUUCAACAUUAAUAUAUGCUUAUGAAUAUCGAAGUUUUGAUGGUAAAAAAAGUUUUAUUGUUGAACCAUCAAAAGAUGAUCGAUAUUCAAAUCCAUAUCGUACAAGUUUAUUACGAAUAAAUAAUGCGAAUGAAGAUGAUAGUGGAUUAUAUAAAUGUCCACAAGAUGAUAUUGAAUGGCAAAAACUUCAAGUUUAUAUUCCUGUUCAACAUGUAUAUUUAAGUAAUCUUCAUACAUCAUCUCGAAUUUAUAAUAAUGAUUUAUGUGGAAUUGAUAAUAAAAAUUGUUUAGUUAUGAUUGAAGGUGAACCAUUAGAUAUUGUUUGUGCUGCUGAUGGUUAUCCACGUCCAGCACUUGAUAUAUCAUUAGAUAAAAAUGGUACAAUACCAACAAUAAUGGCAUUAGCAAGUGGUAUACAACCACCAACAUUUAUUGAUAAUCAAUUUAAACCAAGUGUUUAUGAAGCUUAUCGUAUACCUAGUUUAACAUCAUAUGAUAAUGGACGAAAUUUAACAUGUCGUGUUGAUAUGAAACAAAUUGAUAAAAAACUUAUUUUAUCAAUAACAAAACAACUUUAUAUUGAAUUUCGACCAACUGUUGUUGAAAAAUUUAAAAAAAUUUAUUCUGGUAUUAAUCAUACACGUACAAUUAAUUGUACAGUUAUACGUGCUAAUCCAACAUAUAUACAAUAUACAAUCAAUGGUUUACCAUCAUCAAUUAUUCGUCGAACAUAUGGAGAUCAAAAUAAUAUGCAUUAUACAUUUGAUAUAACACCAACAUCACUUGAACAUUUUCAUUCAUUUAAUAUAACGGCUAAUAAUAGUAUUGGUGUUGAUGCAUGCACUUAUGAAUUAAUUCAUGGAGGUGUACCUGAUGCUAUAACUCAUUGUACAGUUGAUACAUAUACAUCAAAUGUAACUGUAACAAUAAGUUGUACGAAAAGUUAUGCUCAAGAAAAUUUUCAUGAACCUGUUGAAUUUCGUGUUGUUGCAUUUAAUCGUUAUGGUUCAUUACCACCAAAUACAUUUGGUUAUAUUAUUCGAUUAAAUCAACCAACAAUACAAAAAGAAACAUCAUUUUUUAAUAAAAAAAUUCUUCUUAUUAUUGGUUGUAUAUUUGGUGGUACAAUUUUAUUCUUUUUUCUUUGUUGUCUUUGUGGAACAUGUCAUUAUGAUCGAACAAAACUUGAAAAUAGAAAUAAUCUUUAUCAAAAAGAUAAAUAUCCCCGCUCAACGACCGAGAGCGAAGCAUUAAAACCAAUAAAUGACGAUACAACUUCCAAUUUAGUUCCAAAUGGUGUUGACAAACAUCAUCAGAAUGGAGCUGUUUAUGAUAUUCCUAUUCAUUUAAAUGGUAAAUAUUCUCAUCAAAUGUCUACUCCAACAUCUGUUUAUCAUCAACAAAAGUCUCAACAAUCAACUAAUCUUCAUUAUAUUGAUCAAGAUUCAAUAACAAGUAGUCUUAAUUCAAUACCAACACGAACACGUACAUAUAAUAAUAAAUUUUAUGGUAAUCCAUUAAUGGAUAAUAAAUAUGGACCAUUAUCACCGUCAAGUAUGAUUGUUCCAACAAAAAAAAUCAAACCUAAUAAUGAUGAAAUUAUUGAAAAUGAUGAAGAAGAAGAAGAAGAAGAAGAUGAAUCACCAGUUUAUUCAACAACAACAGAUAUUAUGUCUGAAAGUGGUUCAUUUCUUGUUCCAACAUCAUCAACAAAACGUCGUGCACCACCUCCACCUAAACCACGUUAUUCAACAUUAAGUUCUAUUCGUUUACCACUUGAAAAUUCAGAUAAAAUUCCAUUACCAUUACCUAAACCACGUUCACGUUCAAAUUCUCGUACACGUUUAAAUAAUGGUAGUUCAGAUAAUUCAUCAUAUUUAUAUGAAGAACGUCCUGUAUCAUCAUCCGAUUCUGGUAUAGGUCCAUCAGAUGUUGUUUGUUUACCUAAUGGUGAUACAAUACGUUCAGGUCUUGUUAAAUCAAGACAAAAUAGUUUACAAAAACAUUAUGCUCAUCCACCAUUUUUCCAGCAACAAACAAAAUGUGAACCAUUAAUAUCACCUAUUGUUCGUGGUACUGAAUGCUGA